GGGAAUUAUUCAAACACUGGUUGCAUGACCCACAUGUAACCUGUCCUAUUAUUAAGCAACCCCGUGAUCAAGAAAAAGGAACGCAUAUUGCUGAAUAUGUGAAUUAAGCUUCGUAAAUGAAUAAUGAAGAACGAGUUGAUAUUUUGUGUUGCAGAUCAAGACAGGUAACAAGACUGUUCCACAGGACUUUGUCAGUCUUCUGUUAAGAGAUGGUGACCUAUAAUGAGUUUUGAGCUGGGCACAUUGGACCUGGCAGAGAUGGACAACAGGAUGAAUAGUUGUGACAUGAAGACCCUGUCAACCCUGGACCACCUUUACCUCUCCUCCCUGGAGCACAGCCUCAACAGUCCCCACCACCACAGCCCAGACAGAAACCACUUAUUCAACCACAGCUCAGACAGAUACUACUCAUUUAACCACAGCCCAGACAUAAACCACUCAUUCAACCACAGCCCAGACAUAAACCACUCAUUCAACCACAGCCCAGACAUAAACCACUCAUUCAACCACAGCCCAGACAUAAACCACUCAUUCAACCACAGCCCAGACAUAAACCACUCAUUCAACCACAGCCCAGACAUAAACCACUCAUUCAACCACAGCCCAGACAUAAACCACUCAUUCAACCACAGCUCAGACAUAAACCACUCAUUCAACCACAGCCCAGACAGAAAUCACUCAUCCAACCACAGCCCAGACAUAAACCACUCAUUUAACCACAGCCCAGAUAGAAACCAGUCAUUUAACCACAGACCAGACAGAAACCAGUCAUUUCACCACAGCCCAGACAGAAAUCACUCAUCCAACCACAGCCCACACAGAAUCCACUCAUUCAACUACCCAUACAACUACACAUACAGUGAGUACCAAUGUUCGUUAAAAGAGGAGUCCAUGUCCCCUCUUUGGUCUAGCAACUGUAGCGUUGUCAGCCUGUCCAGACGCACUCUUCACUCCAAGUCCCCCACUUACACAGACCCCAGCACUCUGCUCUACAUUGACUGCAGAGUGUGUGGGGACACGGCCUCAGGCUUCCACUAUGGAGUCCAUGCCUGUGAGGGCUGCAAGGGAUUCUUCCGAAGAACCAUGAGGUUAAAACUGGUGUAUCACCACUGUGAUCUGCAUUGUCGGAUUCACAAAAAAAGCCGGAAUAAAUGCCAGUACUGUCGCUUUCAGAAAUGUCUGCUUGUGGGCAUGUCACGCGAUGCCAUCCGCUUUGGCCGGAUGCCCCAGGAGGAGAGAGAGAAGCUGCUGGCUGAGUUUAUGGAUGUGUCCCCCAGGAGCCCAGAGUCAGCGGACUUGAGAGCCUUGUCCAGACAGCUAUGUCUGUCCUAUCACAGACACUUUCCCCUGACCAAGAGCAGGGCCAGAGCCAUCCUGUCUGGGAAGACCCACGAAAACUCACCGUUUGUCAUCCAUGACAUGAAGUCCCUGACAGCGGGUCAGGACUUUAUAAACAGUAGACAGUUCCCUUUCCUGGAGCACCAGAGGUCUGUCCUGCCCCCUCAAGAGCCUGCCGGGGAGCUGGAGCUCUUCUUUUUCCGGCAGGUUCAGUUCCGCACCGCAGAAGCUGUACGAGAAAUCAUAGAGUUUGCCAAGAGUAUCCCUGGGUUGACAGAGCUGGACAUAAAUGACCAGGUGACCCUGCUGAAGUACGGGGUCAUCGAGGUCAUGUUGAUCAUGCUGGCGCCGCUGAUGAACAAGGACGGCACACUGUUCGCCUACGGACAGAUCUUCAUGACCCGGGAGUUCCUCAAGAGUCUGAGGAAGCCCUUCUGUGAGAUGAUGGAGCCAAAGUUUGAGUUUGCUGUAAAAUUCAACGUGCUGGAGCUGGACGAUAGUGAUACAGCGCUCUUCCUCGCUGUCAUCAUCCUCAGUGGAGACCGUCCAGGCCUGGUGAAUGUGAAGCCCAUCGAGGACCUCCAGGAGGCAGUACUGCAGGCCUUGGAGCUGCAGUUGAAGACCAUCCACCCAGACUGCCCCCAGCUGUUUGCCAGGCUGCUGCAGAAGAUGACCGACCUGCGGCCGCUGGUGGCUGACCACGUCCGGCUCAUCCACCUGCUCAAGAAGCAGGAGCUGGAGACGUGUCUGCACCCCCUACUACAGGAAAUCAUGAGGGACCUGUACUAGAGUAGUGGGAGACUCAGGUUAACAGCUAUGAAGAAAAGAAGACUAUACAGCAGUGGAGGUUGCUGAGGGGUGGACAGCUCAUAAUAAUGGCGCAAAUGGAAUCAAACACAUGGAAACUGCAUUUAACCCAACCCUCUAAAUCAGAGAGGUGUGGAGGGCUGCAUUAAUCAACAUCCACGUCAUCUGGAACAGUGGGUUAACUGCCUUGCUCAGGGGCAGAGCGACAGAUUUGACCUUGUCUGCUCUGGGAUUCAAUCCAGCAGCCUUUUGGUUACUGGCCCAAUGCUCCUACCCACCAGGCUACAUGCUGCCCAUAUUGGUGGUACCACCAACAUCCUGUGCUAUACAGUAGAGUUUUAUCCAACUAGUGUGUUUAUUAUAACAAUAUGCAGAACCUCGUUGGUCUUUAUCUCGCCAGAUCUGUUGGUGCUUUGGUCAACUCUUCUGUGUCAUGUAUAUAAUAGCAGCAAUAGUCACUGAGACCAGGCUAGUUUUCAUCAGGCUCUCAGUUAAAGCAAAUGUCUGGCUUCACAGGUGACCUCCAUGACAAGUGAGGGUUAAGUCUGUUUUCUUGGGACUUGUUGUUUAAUAGAAGGAUCUGUGAACUCUAUUUAAACAAUAAUGAACGAGGGGGUGUGGUUUAUGGCCAAUAUACCAUGGCUAAAGGCUGUUCUUAUGCACGACGCAAUGCUGAUUGCCUGGAUAUAGCCAUUAGUCGUGGUAUAUUGGCCACAUACCACAAAACCCCGAGGUCCCUUAUUGCUAUUAUAAACUGGUUACCAACGUAAUUUGAACAGUAAAAAUAAAUGUUUUGUCAUACCAGUGGUAUACAGUCUGAUAUAUCACGGCUUUCAGUCAAUCAGCAUUCAGAGCCCAACCACCCAGUUUAUAAUACAUUAUGAAUGAUUCAUUACUGAGCUUCCUAACAUCUUGCUGUAACUGCAGCUAUUCUGUCUUUUACCAUGCUUUUUAAUUAAAGGGAUGAAAGGAGAAUUGCUUUUAAUUACAGGACAUUUAUUGGGGCAUCCUAAAAUAAAAUAAGCAGAUACCUACAUGUGUUAUAUACUGUGAAACACAAUGUGUGUUAUCGUAAUACAUUGUUCAUGAUGUCUUUUUUUAUGUAAGUUUCCAUGUCUUUGAAGCAUUUUUGAGAGGUUAGAUGAGUGUGAAAACGUCUGUUAGUUUCCAUUUCCUCAACUUCACCCCCUCUAAACAUUUCAGUGUAUAAUGUAACAUGUACUACCAUGGAAAUAUGCUAUCCUGUGUUAUGUAUAAAUCACCUGUAUAAACAAUACUAAUAUCCUUCCUGAUAAAUACUUAAAGUACAUUUUAAUGUUGCCAUCGCGUGGUGAAUAUGUCAGAGAUGCUAUCGGCGUCAUGAUGUUAUGCAAUGUCUUGAUAUUCCACUGUUGCUGAGGCAAAACAUGUCAGUGCUCGUGUUAAAGUAACGAUUGGUAAGUGUUUUUCUGUUGCUCACUAGAAAAACGAGAUUUCAGUCUCGGAGGUGUUUCCUGGCCGAUUCCGCGUUUGGUUAAUGAUGUUUGUCCCCCAUAAGCCACUGUAGACGCAGAAGACGAUUUCACUUCCUUAAAAUCCUCAGAAUGAGUCUAUGACAACUCAAGAAAUCAGUAAUAAAUGUUAACGUUUUUGCUGAUAAUAUUUUAGUUGCUGAAUUUUUCAUCUAACUGACAUGUUUGGUGCAGUAUUUCUCAAGUUAAUAAAUGUGCGGUGUGUUGUCUUACGUAAACAAAGUCCUGUUGUCUUAUAUAAACAGUGGGAGCUGCUGGGCAGGUCUAUCUCACUGUCUAUGCUAUUGGAUAGAGAACAAUCGCCGCAGCUGUUCACCCCAUGUUAGUGGGCAAAUGGACAUCGUCAAAUCAAAACCCAACCUUAAUUUAACCGUUGUGUUGCACGGAUGUUACAAAAUCCAUUUUAGACGAAAACUGACUUUAUGACCAAAAUUAUCAUAUUUACACUUUAGUACAUUUUGACACUAUAUUAACUGUUUCUGACACAUAUUGAUUCUACAUAGGCAGUUCUCAAAGGGAUUCGUUGCUUUGAUUAUUGCUAUACAAUGAGAUAUGGUACGGUUCAAAUUCUCUAGUUUAUUCAAAACAUAAUUGGGAAAUGGUACAAUAGUUAUUCUGCCAAAGUGAAUUAAUGUGCAUCACAGGUAGUAGACUUGCAGUACACGUAUCUACAGGGUUAUAAUCUUCUUUGUUGUAUAAGUGUCUAUCUUUUUAAUAUUUAUUUUAAUGUUGGUGCCCAAAGUCAGAGUCAUCGUGAUUUCUUAUAGACAAACAUGCCUUGUCUGCACAGGGAACAUACAUUUUGAUUGACAGUUAUUGUUUUGAGAGGGGGGGGGUUGCAGAGAUGGAUUCGUUGUAUGUGCAAGAGGAUGCCGUGUACAUGCGUGUGCUUGUAGAUCGUGGAUAGUGUAGCCCACUUAUAGUCCGCUGGAUCUGCUACGGCCACCACUGUGUAAGGAGGGUGAAUCGGAAGCAUGUGUCACAGCUACGUAGACAACAACAAGAUCGCAGCAUUCCCACCAGGUGGAGCUCUUGUCACCAUAGGGUCAGAUCAGAAUUAGAUCUUUGUAUUCUAUUGCUUGUCUUAUUUUAAGGAGUCGCUCUCUAUGGCCUGUCAGAAAGCAGAAAUAGAACAGUUAAACACACACGCAGCAAAACUCCACAGAAAUAGAAGCCAAGAGGUCAGAAGACAGAGAUGGUUUUGGUCUUGUGUUUCACCACUUUUGAUGACCCCAGGGCUAUUUUUCCCUUCACUGAAGUUUUCUGAGACACACAUGAUUCAUAAGAUACAGGAAAACACAUUGCUAAAACUUACGCCCUGUCAUCAGUCUCCGAAUUAGGUCUGAUGACCAAAUGAAAGGAAAACAUCAGGGCCAUCAGACAUUAUAGAACACAAAAACAUAAUGGUCUAUGACUGUAAAAGGUGUUGUGAAUUUAACAUAAGGAGCUUCAACGUAAGUGUUACCCAAUAGCUUUGUUGAGAUUGUGUUAUCAUUUACUCCCAUCCUCUCUGCCAAUAGCUGUGGUGCACCUAAUGCCAUUUCCCAAUGGUGGAAUCCCCUAGUGGCCUGUCUAGACGGGAUCCACAGAGAGAUUGCACCACACUGCUACUGCAACAGCAAACAUUGUACCCAGCUACAAAGUCUUGCACAUGUAUCCUAUUGAGGUGCACAGAGUCUAAUGGUGGAGAUCAGUGUCUCAACGUCUUUUGUACCUGCCUGGGACAAUU